AUUGAUAUUUCUAUGUCAGAGCCUGAAAACAUGUAAUCAUGCUCUGAUGUAGGUAAAUCGAAUAAACGUGAGUAGAAAGUUUAAACAUCACGUAAUGUGUGAAUAAUAAUUUUCUAUAAAUAGGUUAAGUCAACGUUAUGUUUUCAAGUCAACUCGUUGAAAAUUAAGCUGCAUAUUUACGUUGAAAGUGUUGUUCAAUUCACUCACUAUUUACAUAAUAUUAUCAAAAAAAUGAGUAACUAUUGGAUAGAAGGCAAUAUUAUUAAAACACAGGAUGUUAAUUUUUCCGCCGAUCACUUGGGUGGAAUAGGAAAUGUAUUUUUUCAACGAAUGAAACAGAAUGGAUCCAAAGUUGCGCAGAUAUACGCACCAACGGGAGAGAAAGACACUUUUGAUUCGCUUCUUCAAAGAUGUAUAAGAACAGCCAUUGUUUUACAGAAAAAAGGAAUAAAGAAAGGAGACAUAGUCACAGGAUGCUCAGAUAACCAUCUGGAUGCAUGCGUUCCGAUAAUUGCUUCUCACAUGAUCGGAGCCAUUCCUUGUUCUCUUGAUCCAACUUUAUCUAACAUUGAACUUGAGAAAUUAAUUUCGGAUGUAAAGCCGAAAAUUAUUUUUACAGUACAAAGUACUUUGAAAGAAAUCAGAUAUUUUACGAAAAAAUUGGAAUUGAAAACUGAAAUAGUAGUUUUCGGUCCUACGGAGGAAUUCACAGCAUUCUCUGAGUUUAUAGAACCGCAAGAAGAAGAACAUGAGUUCAAACCUAUAUUUAUCAAAGAUCCCAUGGAAACUGCCGCUAUAUAUUUCAGUAGCGGUACUUCCGGCUUCCCUAAAGGUAUAUGUUUGAAUCAUUAUUACUAUUUUCAUCAUUCGCCGCUAGUUCCGCCAGCUCAAAAUAAUGAUGUGGAUAAACUGAGACAAAUAUAUGAAAUGAACAUAAAAAAAUCUGGUACUAGUUUCUUAACAUAUGGGUCUCUAUAUUGGAAUUCUUCUGGUGCGGGAUUAUUUUUGUCUGCUAUUACUGGAGUUACUAGACUUUUGUGCAGCACUUUCGACGCUAAGGAAUUUUGGUACUUGGUUGACAAAUAUAGAGUCUCAGGGGUAUUCUUAACCCCUUUUCAAGUAACAGAACUGGUGAAAUGCGGUAAACCCGAAGACGCUAGCUGUGAUACAUUAGUCAGAAUCUCAACAGGAGGUGCGGCUUUAUCCAAAAAAUAUAUUUUCGCUUUGCAGGAAAUACUUCCGGAAACCGAUAUAGUACCGACGUACGGACAAACGGAAAUAGGUGUUCUAACUAGUUUUCAACUUCAUAAUAAAACCCAAAGAGAAUUGUAUAAAAGCAAUCCUGAUAUUGUUGGAUUGCCGAUGAGAGGAAUUUGGUACAAAGUGGUAGAUCCGGAAACUGAAGAAAUUCUUGGUCCAAAUCAACCAGGAGAACUACGAGUUAAAGCAAAAACCGUCAUGAACGGUUACUACAAUAGAGAUUUUUCAAAUAGAUACGACAAAGAUAAUUGGUUCCGAACUGGUGACGUUGUAAUGUAUGAUGAAAACUGCUAUUUCUACGUAGUAGAUCGACUGAAAGAAAUGUUGAAAUAUAGAGGGUGGCAUAUUCCGCCGGCCAUUUUGGAGCUGGAAUUAUCACAUCUUCCUGCAGUACGACAAUCAGUAGUAAUAGGAAGGAAGCACGAAGAAGAUGGAGACCACCCCAUGGCACUAAUAGUUUUAGAAGAAAGCUACAAAGGUAAAAUAACUGAAGAAGAAAUUGAAAAAUACAUAGAGAGUAGGGUGCAAGAUAAGCAGAGGCUGAGAGGAGGGAUUAUGUUUAUCGACAGUAUACCUUUAACUCCAUCUGGCAAGGUGAAAAGAAAAGAGCUUAAAGUACUCGCGAACGAACAUCACUGUUGGAAAUAUGCUAAAAGACCAUCGAUCUCGUAAAAUAGGAAUUACUGAGCAAACCAUAUUAAAACGAUAAAAGUCACGAAGAAUUUAUAUAGUUUUGGAGCUGAAUAACGAGUAUUUUACACUAUAUUUUAUGAUAUGAUAUUAUUUUCUAUUUAUUUAUUUUAAAUGGACGGUAUGAUAUUUUUCUUAUUACAAUUUAUUUAAACGAAACAAUCAAACGAAAAUAAUGACAGUAUAAUAAAAUGGUAAAAGUUAAAAAGAAUAUCAAAUCAAAAAACAAGAACGAGAAUGAUUGUUUGUUUGAAUUUUUAAAAUAUUUAGUUAAACUUUGCUUUACAAUUUAUUCAUUCAAAUGGCAAUUGAUGAAAGAAUUUGUAAAAUACCAUUCGAUUUGUUACGUUUUUCUUCAAACAUUUUGAAUAUUCCUUUAUUCACGUAUUGUAGCACAGUAGUCACUUCUGUUUCAAUUAUUUGACAUUCGAAUUAUUGAAGAAAUUAAUUUGUUAUCGACCUCCCACUUCAGUCCUUGCCGUGUUGUAUUCUCAAUGCUUUUUUUAUCUUUCUUUAUGUAGGUUUGUGUAAACAGACAUUUUUUUAGUCAAGUAAGAAAUUGUAUUAGUUUACAUUAAGACACCACUCGCGAGGUUGUUCUAGUAUAGUUAAAGGUCUCAUAUAUUUAUCGCACUAAUUUUUCAUGAAUUUUGUAAAUAGUUUCCUUUCGUAUCUUAUCGUUAAGAUGUUUAGCAUUUCAAUAUUUUUCUCAGCAUACCGUAUAUUUUGUGGAAGUGUUUAACAUUUCAUAUCUUGAUUAAGUUUACUGGUCCGACCUAAUAUUGGAACUGAUCAUUUUUCUGAUUUACUAGAUUUACGAGAUUAACAUUUAUAUUAUUAUAUUGAUAAUUACAAAGUUGUAGCAAAAAAAGCAGCUCUUGUUAACAUCUAUGCUUUUUUCUUCAUAAUCUUCCAUUUAGAUUCUCCAAUUCUUGUUAUUUUGGCGUCUUCAUAGACUGGUGAGUUUACGAAAAAAAGAAGUUCCUUAUUUCAUUUGCUAGAAUAAAUAAAUCAGAAGUGGCUACUGGGCCACAAUACGUGAACAAAGGAAUGUUUGAAGCCAAAAGUAACAAGCCGAAUGACAUAUUACAAAUUUAUUCAUUAAAAUUGAAAUUUCUGCAAUAAAACAACGAUUUUUUUGUAGUACCUACUUAGUAAUUUUGUAUCUUAUAUUAAACAAUAGGAAUAUAGUCAAUUAAUGUGGUGCAAAUAUUAUUUCUCACGAAAAAAAAAAAUUAGUGAGUAAAAUUAUUCCAGUUAUAACUACAUAAAAUAUUGAUGUAUUAACGAGAAUUUCGGAUUAUUUUGUUGAAAGAUUAGGUGUGAAUUUUGAUUUGAUUUUUAUUUCAUCAAAUCAACUUGUAAACAUACUCAAUCUAAAGUAAUAUUGUUUGAUAGAAAACAACUAUGUGCCUGAUUUUAGUAAACUUCCUUAUUUUGACAUAUGAAAAAAAUAAUAAGGAGUUGAAACCUAUUACUUAUCGUUUCUUCAUAUUAAAAUAAUCCGUAGACAUGUGAAUAACGCCGAUUUUAACUUUUAUAAAAUCGUAGCGAUUAUUUUUAAGAUGUCGCAAAAUCCUCACCUUACAAAAUCUGUUAGAGGUAGUAUAAUUUUAAUGAAUCAAAAUUUAUUGAUGCUAUUAGCAUAGUGAAAUUUUUGAGCACCUCUUUUAAAUAGUUGUUUCGAUAAUUUGAAUUUAACGAUUUUUUAAGUCAUGACUUUUUGUAAUGAAAUUUGAGUAAGCAACUUCAAUGUAAUAUCUUUUCGUUAGAAAAUUGAUCUUGUAAAUUAUUGUAAAGCAUUUUAAUAACACAAACAACAUAGAUUCAAAAUUACACACAUAUAUAUAUAUAUAUAUAUAUAUAUAUAUAUAUAUAAUUAUAAAAAAAUUUCCUUAGUCCACCUCCUUUGGAGAUAUUACUUCCUACGAAGUAAGUUUGUUCUCCUGAAAUUUUGUAAAUUUUGCGAAUUUAGUAGUUUUCAAAAUUUUCUAUUAAUUAGAAACGUUUACCUUAUUCAUUAUUAAUUUACUUGGAUAAAAUAAAAAUUUUAUUUUAAAUGCAAUACUUUGAGAAUAAAAACAAUAGAUAUCUUGCAUGUUUUUUCUUAUCUGAUUCUAUUGAUUCUAGGAAAAAACUUCACUAAGAUCAUCAAGAUUAAGAAAUGUUUCUGAAAAAAUAAGUACUUAUAUUUCAUAAUAAAUAGAUCUCGAAAAAGAUAUUUUUCUGCUAAUUAAGGUAAGGGCUGAUUAUUUCACUCCCUUAUAAUGUAACAGGAGCUUUAAAAAAAUACAUAUUAUAAUCAUUGCUUAUGCACGAAAUAUACAAAAUGAUCAGUCUCAUUAAUUUGAGAAAAAGCAAAUUCCGAUAAUUAGCCUGUAGUGGGAAUACUCUUAAUAUUAUAUUUUUUUAAGUUAUAUAUUGAAAGUAAAACAAAAGGGUCCCGUAAUAAUUACAAUUCACCCUUUUUGUUAUUAACUCCUACUUAAAUGAAGUUAAUUUGAAAAUUUGAUCUAUACAAACAUCCAUGAUAAAGGUAACCUCGUUUAGAUAAAACUACUUUGCGGGCUUAAUUACAUAGGAAUUUGAUAAAAUAAACUAAAAUACUCGUUAAAAUAAGCUCUAAAUUUAAUACUUAGUAUGUUUCAAAGGAUAAACGGAAUCAUCUGAUGUACUUAAGAUCUAGUCGGAUUUAUUAAUGCAAUUAGCAGUACCUACAUAAUUUUUUGAUUUGAUGUUAAUUUAAUUGAACAAUAAUUUAUGAUGGAAAUGAAACUAAGACUGAUUCUGGAACCGCCUUUUACAUUCAAUAAUUUUUAAAUGUAAUUUUCAAAUUAUGUGACGUCACACUAAGGAAAGGGGAGUCUCACAAAUGUAACCAGCUGUGAAAAGGACGGAGGUAGGGGCAAAAAAUCAUAAAAUUCGUGUGACGUAAUUUAUGGAUGACCCCAAUAGAAUUUAAUGUUAAUAAUUUGUUCCACUUGGACACGACUAAUGACGUCCUUAAGAAAAAGAAAGAACGAAAAUUUGUUAUAUAAGUGUUUUGGUAAAACAUCAAAAUUGAAUAAUGUGAAUAUUAUCCGGUUAAUAUAGAAAUUAAAAGAAAUGUAACGUUAAGGUUAUAUUUAAACCAAAUUGCUGACUCACCUCUAGUUUUUUUGUUAAAUUAGAAAAAAAAAUAAACAUGACAAUCGCCCAUGACAAGUUUCAAUAAAUACUAUUGCGCCUUUUUUCUAAAUAAGAUUUACAUAUUUUAUGUCUUUAUCCAGCUCCAGCUGAAUGUCCAUUAUACAGUAUGUUCAUAAAAUAACUUCUUAAUAUUUCGAUUAUAUUUUAAUAAAAAAGGAUGAAAUAAAAGGUUUUUCACAUAGUUGAGGAAAAGUAUUGGAAGUAUACAGGGUGUACCGUUACUUUUAAAUAACCUAUUUCAAAAACAACUGUCAAGAUGGUAAACUGAAACAUUUAUUCUAUAAUUAUUGAAAAUCAUAAUUUGAGUUGGUAAUUAGGUAUUCAAAUUGUCUUUCUUCUUCUAUUUAAGGGUAUUUGACCUAAUCUGUAGCAUAAACAUAUUUAUUAACUUACGUAUUUGUAUUAUUAUAAAUAAUAUAUUCAAAUCACCAGUUGUAUAUUUUAUUAUUUUAUAAACAAAAAGUACAAAAUAAAGAGAAGUACGAGAAGCCGCAGUCUAGUCUUCGCUGUCAGUCAAGUCAGACCAAAAUGAAAUUUUUUUAUCGUUUCUCGCUUCGUGUGUAAUAAAAAAAACUAAAGUAGAUAGCAGAUUUUGAUGCUAAAAUAGCUCAUGAAACGGUGUUCACUUAGUCAUGUUGAUUUGUUAGAGGAGUUGCAACUGCAUCCAAAUGAUAGGUACAGUUCAAAAAAUUCUUCGUGUACGCCAUUUUCCGCAAUGAUUAUACGCACCACAAAGCAAUAUUUGAUAUUUCAACAAGAAUGAACCGGUUAGCGGAUAAAAAAUCUAUGCAAUUGACGGUGUUGUACUGCAACAGUCAGACCUGUCUGUGUCAUACGAUUUCGUUGAAGUAUCGGACAUACACGAUAAAGCUGGAUGAAACCUAAUCGUACAACGUCGCAGUCAUAGAUAAAAGAUACGCACAAAACAACUGUAUUAUACAUAUAUAUUCAAAACACAAAAGACCACCUCAAAAGUAAAUAUUUAUUAGUGAAGGAUAAAUCAUCAUUUACAACUGAAUAAAAAGUCAAUUUAAACAAAUGUGUAGUCUAAAAGACGUUGUGUGUGUUUAAAUCAAUACUAAAGCGUGUUUAUUUAAUAUAGCAGUUGUCCUUGAAAUCCUUGAAACAAUUUUAUUGCGAAAAAGCAGCGUUAAAUUGCACUGCAACCAAGACGUAACUAACAACAUUUCCAGAUAUCUAUAAAAUAAAAAAAAUAAAAUAAUUAGGUAAAAAAUGCCCAAAUUGAUGGGCACCUACAAUUUUAUCAUUCUAUUCCAAAAAUCACGUUUGGAAAAGUGAUCCAGUCUGCAAUAGAACUUCAUUCAAAAUAGAGGAAUAGAGAUUUUUUGGAUGGUGUUUGAAGAAUGGAUAAGGAAAAAUGUUCAUGCUCCUCUGCAGGGCUGGGGUUGUGUUGUCCUAGCUGAAAGGAGGAAAAGCGAUCGACCAUUGACCAGAAGAGAACGAAGAGAGCUCUAGAUAAGUAAAAACGGUUGUUCUCGGUUUGGGGAUAGUUCACCAGGCUACAGGGAAACUGUAGAAAAACUGCUAGCACCAACGAUCGACGAAAUGAGUGAGAAAGAGUUUUAUCUUAUGGGUAUGGAAUAGUUGUCUAAGAAGUUGAAGUAGAUUUCAUGAAGGUUUUUGUAUGCUGUUAAUAUACUCCCACUAAAAAAUCCAGAGGUGGAAGGUUUCAUGACCGAUCUGAUUAUUCUAGUGGCCCAACGAAAUGAUCUCCUACUCCCAAAAAUUAAUUGUUUGAACAAUUGGGAAUGUGUGCGUCGAUUAGACCUAAAAUAUCUAUCGUGCUGCUCCCUCAGUCAGUUGCAGUGGACUGUCACUGAAAAUAGUAAUUCUUUUAUGCCUAGUCCUAAUAUUUCAGCUUAGUCUGCAUAAUAUAAAAAUGUAGUGGCUAUAUUUUCACUAAGUGAAUUUGUUGAACUUGUUUACUUAUGAAUACCAAGAAGUUACGAAGAGGAUUUAUGAAUAGCGAAGAAAAAUUAUUCUGAUCCGUCAUUUCAUUUUCAUCAUGUUUAUAAAAUAAUUUUCACAAUGUAUUUUUGGAUUCAAAAUGAAUCAUUUUGAUAAUUAUCUCGAUAAUAUAAUUAAACUAUACUUACCGAAGAUAUCAAAUUCGUUCCUACACUAUAAAUAUUCGAUGCCCUCAAUUGGGGCUUUUCAAGAACUAGUGUUGUGACCACCAUUUCUACCUAGGAAAAAAAUUAUAACUAAAAGUUUCCGAGCUCUUCUGGAUAAUUAUGGUACACUAGAAUGAACAUUGUGGUGCAUUCUAAAAAGGACGGAUCUGGCCGAGUUAGUGAGUAGAAUGAAAAAAAUGGUCAAGCUGGAAAAACGUAAGUUCAGAAUGAACCUUCUAUUUAGUCAUCACCUAUUAAAUAAAGAUUGAUGAAAAUCAUAAUCAGUCCAUUUUUUUGAAUACUGGAAACUUGAUUGGAUGAACCAUAAUGAAAUAUGGGUUCAAGGAUAGUUGAAAAACAUAUUUCCAAUAAAAUAAUAAUAAGAAAAAUGAAUGUGAAUUAAGAAUGGUCAAAAAAUUGAAGAACGAGCUAUUUCAGACACUUAUGGAAAAGUUUAUGAGCGAUUAUAAUAUCAAGGAUAUAUAAAAGUCGGACGUUGACUGAAGAAGUUUACUAAAACGAUUGCACAACGUGGGUUAUGCUGAAAUUAUGGCUUCUGUAAGAAGAGUCUGAAAAAGUUAAAUAAAUAUUUCAACAUAAAACUUUGAAAAUGUGUUGAUUUCCCUUAAACUCACUUGACUCGCUUCAUCUUCUGAUAGUUUACUCAACGGAUAUUUGUAUAAAAAUGAUAACAAAUCUUCACUCUGAAACAAAAAAUAUUUUUCUUUGGAUACUAUCCAUUUCAAUAAUGAGCAAUGAUUAAAAAUCAGUUGAAUUAUACACAUGUAUUCACAUACCACACUGUCUAAUUACUUAUAUUCAUAUUUUCGGUUAAAACAAAACUAAGUAGUGACUUUUUAUAGAAAUAAGAUUUCUUAAGAUUAUCAACUUGAGAAACAGAUUUUGAGAUGAUUUCAUUGUUGCUCCGAGCCAUUUCUUCGAAUUUGUGAACAAGAAAUAUUCACUUGGAGCUAAAUCCAGAUAAUAGAAUAGAUAAAAAGGAACUCUUAGCGUAAUUCAUAUGAUCAGCUUUCCGAUUCUACAUUUAAAUUAUGCAAUAAGUUGGCAUAGUAUUUACUACUAGAUUAUACCGUGUGCAUCACAUGAAAAAACGGUUCUGAUAAUUUUAUUGGUCAAUAUAUCUAUCCUAACCACUGAUUCAACUCGAGAAAGAAACUCAUUGAUUCGACUGCUGUUUUAUCAGUUUCAACUAACGGUAUAUUAAUUUUACGGGAAGAUUGAUGCAAAAAAUUCGAGGGUAAGUAGAUGACGUGAUAAUAAUGUUGUGAUUUAAAAAAAUUUCCAAUUCGACCCCUCGUUUCUGAGUUAUAGGUAGUUAAAGUUGUAUCAAAUGCAUGUCGGCAUAUUCACUAAAGGUGAAUUCCACCAAAUAUAAACUUUAAAUACGACGUAAUAAUUAUUGAUAAAAAAGAUUUACAGCAAACUGACUUUGACAAUUUAAUUUGCAAUUUUUAAUUGAAUAUCACGUAUUUGACAAUAAUCUACUAGAUGAAAAAUAAUUAUUAAUUUGUUUCAAGUUUUUCCUUAUGCCAAUAAUAUGAUUACGAUAGUAUGUUUUACAAAUGUUUAUUUAUUUAUUCAUUAGUUAUCCAACAGUUUCUUAUGCCCUUAUUUGUGCGAUUUUGAGCGAAUCUUCAAACUACAAAAGAGAGCUGUUAGAUAUUUACUCGGACUAAACAGUAGGACUCACUGCUGGGAUUUCUUCGUAAGAUUAGUUAUGGGCUCAAUAUUUUACAAUGCAAAAAAAUGUACAAUCAUUUGCCAAUUGAAAUAAAAUAAUCUUUUCCUGCAUUUCGCAAUAAUUUGAGGACAUAUUUACUGGAAAUUAUCUUCUACUAUCAAAACGACUAUCCUAAUAAUAAUAUUGCUGCAUAAUGCUACAUACUGGUUUAAUUUUUGUAUAGACUUAUAUACUAAUUAUUAUCUAUUACUAAUACCCAUAAUUUUGUUAUUCUUUGUGGUUUUCUUCUGUAUUUUGGGAUUUUGUUUUUUGUAUCUUUAUUUAGUUAUUUUUAUGUUUGUUUUUUAAUUUUUACAAGUUUUUGUCUACGAAUUGUAAUAACUUUUUGACAAUAAAGCAUUUCUCUCUA